AUGGAUUACAUGAUCAGAUUCACCCAGGUCCACGAGACCUUUCGUCUCGCGGAAAUUGAAGCCCUAGCAGUCCUCGAGGGAAUCCACCUAGAAGUCCUCUCAUACAGCCCAAGCUCACCCUUCUGCUUUGUCAAGUUGCCUUCAGAAGAUGCAGCCAGGAGACUCGUCAAACGCAGCAUCCUCGCCAAAGCCAUCUACGAAGUAUGGGGCAGUGGUUCAAACUAUUUAGAUCUGCACGACAACGUUCGAGGUCUCUCACAGCAUGUAUGGCCACUCUACAAGACUUGCUCAUUCAAAUUCUCUGUCGACUCUUUCCAAGGCUCCCGGUCCACGACCGAGCAACGAAAGCUAAUCGAGGAAUUUCGAUUUCUAGGCUUUGACGGACCAAUCAAAAUGAAGGGUGCAGAGCAAGAUUUUUGCAUCUCGGAAGAGUUCCAAUUUGAUGCUGCUGCUUUAGGAGUUCACCAGCCGCAGGCUGUGCACCUAGGACGGUAUCUUGGUGGAAGUGAAAGGGAAAUUAUUGGAAAGUAUGAUUUGAAGAAGCGUAAGUACAUCUGUACUACUUCUAUGGACGCAGAACUUGCUCUGAUCACGGCCAAUAUAACCCUUGCCGCCCCGGGAAAGCUUUUCUAUGAUCCGUUUGUUGGUUCCGGCAGCUUCCCAGUUGCUUGCGCGCAUUUUGGUGCACUCGCUUUCGGCAGUGAUAUAGACGGACGAAGUAUUCGGGGUAAGGGAAAGGGGAAGCCCGACCUUGUGGCGAAUUUCAUUCAGUAUGGACUCACGAAUCAGUUUGGAGAUAGCUUUGUGGCCGAUCUUACGAACACUCCGUUGAGAGCAGCAAAGUUGUUUGAUGGAAUUGUUUGUGAUCCACCGUAUGGUGUACGGGAAGGUCUGAAAGUCUUAGGCUGUAGGGAUCCGACGAAGGGAAAGGAGCCAAUAUUCAGGGAUGGCAAAGCUCAUCAUACAGAAGAGAGUUUCAUUCCCCCGAAGAAACCAUACAGUUUCCUCGCUAUGCUCGAUGAUAUUCUAGACUUCGCAACCCUUUCCCUUGUGGAUGGCGGCCGAUUAUCAUUUUGGAUGCCAACUUCGAAUGAUCUAGACCAAGAGAUCCAAAUCCCGAUACACCCGUGCCUCCAAAUCACGAGUGUUUGUACUCAAGAAUUUAACAGAUGGUCGAGGCGACUUAUAACAUAUAGAAGAAUUCCAGACUCCGAAGUUGUGGCAGGAGUGGCCCGAGAGCAGAGGACAAAGGAAACUGGAGUCAAUGCAGAUGACCUCAAUCCAUUUAGGAAAGGGUACUUUCAAGGCUUCAAAGCGGCAUUUAGCAGCGGAAAAUUAUCUACUAGCUUGGCGGCAUUACGUCCAGAUUAUGAAGUCUUCGACUAG